AUGAGUUCAGCCACUAUUGCUACACCUGGGCCUUCUUUAGGCACGCAUAAUCCAGAGCCAGUGAUGUCAGAUGAGCUACAGCGUUGGUUUAUGGCUGCUCGGCAAGGAGAAGAAGAUUAUAUAAAGAGCCACAUAUCGGAGUUUGGACUGAAAAGAAAUCACGAGGGGCAUACAGCACUAAUGAUAGCUGCUAAGUAUGAUGUGCCGGAGAUUAUUUCUAUUCUGGUUAACAAGGAGGGCGGGGAGCAAACAGACGGUGGCUUAACGGCGCUCGCUUUACAGAUCACGUCUGGUCACCCGAUCAACCUUGAAUUGUUCCAGAAAGAGGGCAAUAUCCAGGUUCGUAGCCACGUCGAGCCAGCAUUCCUCGCUGUCAUGGUAGACAACGUGGAUGCGCUGCAAUUUAUCAUCCAGAAUAUGGGCGAUAGCACAUCGGGCGAGUCUCUUUACUUAUUAGACAUUUGCAUCGACAACAACUCUGUGUGUUGCUUUGAGCACCUUAUGACUGCAUUUACAAAUAUCCCCAACUCUUACAUCAAUAAGUUGAUAAGCAUAGUAGAAAAAAAGCUAGAUGUGAACCCCAGGAUCAUUAGCAUUCUUCGGCGAUACAAGCCGUCGCUCACAUCCGUGAGUAGAAGUGCUACGACACCUCCACGGACCAAGAAGAAGUCCGAACCUGUCCCACUUGUGGGGAGCUCAUUAAAGCGAUCCGUCUCCGCGACAGUCGACCCUAACUCUCAAGGCAGUUCUUCUCCUGAUCCUAUGCUAGGUAAGUUGCAGUCUCCUCGAGAGGCACCUGUGGCCUCUCUGCCACCACCUCCCCAAACUACCUCACCCCUCACCAUGACAGACAUCGCUCCCCUGCGUGACCAAGACGAUGUUCACAAUGUAUCAAGGGGCCCGACCAAACGGUAUACGGCCCAAUGCUCUAGGGUAGAUCCUGUGGCAGAUAUGAUCUUGAGUACUACCCCCAAUUUUCCACAGGAUUCCAAUGCGUACAUGGACACAGGGGUGGGGACAGACACUCUAAGUAAUGACCUAUUAAAGCCUAUGGCUGACCAGCUUGACGCAGAUCUCGCCUACAAAGCGGACUACGGGCUACUUCCAGGAAAGCUUCCUCUUGCGGAGGGGAUUGAUGACAACAAUGGUUGCAGAGAUAAUCACAAAUGCUGCAUCGAAUAUGCCUGUCUACUGAUGAAGUAUGACGAUCUGGAGGAAAAUAACACAUAUUUGUAUGAAAAAAAUUCAGCCUUGCAUUCAGAAAUAGGAGAGUUAAAACAGAACAUCAUUAAAUUAAAAGCCCAGAUUGAGCAGCAGAACGCAGAUAACGAAGCGCUCAGAAAGUCGUUGGAGGACGCUAGGUCAGCACCCACUCUAUCGGCCUUGCCAGGCCAUACCAGCGGCCACCCUGAAAUGGAUGCUUCUACCUUACAUAGUACAGAAGAGCCAGAGUUGGAUGAGGGUAAUAUGAUCGGGAAGCUCCAAAUGUAUAUCAUGAAGUCCAGAAGGCUUGAACAGGAGAAUCGAGCUCUUAAGCAAAGGCUAGAGGACUGCGUAGCUAAGAUUCAUGCAUUAGAGCGAGAGAAUACGAUGAAGGGCCGUCUCAAUCAACUGCUUACAGAGGACAACAAGCGCUCAAGGGAGCAAUCCAGGUGCACGUCCGUUAUAUCGCGCUCAGAAAGCGUCCUGUCGCCAAGCAAUACAUUCAUGGAUAGUAUGACGGUUGGCCUGGAAGACAGCAUAAUGGACAUGAUUACAAGCAAACUUACGGAUAGAACUAAGCUAGAAGCCAAUGUAUUGCGACGGAAGGUUGCAGAGCUCCGUGCCGAUAUGUCCCAAAUGCUAGAAGAUCUCAUGAUCAUCAGUAGUUACUCUAUGGAUCUGCUUCCUCCAUCCUGUGCUGGGGGCGUGUAUACGGCCAACCUCAGAGAAAGAGCUAUACGACUGGAGAAGCAAGCUAAUACCGACUCCGUCAAGGUGCUGUUCAAGCGCCACGCAGACUUGGUCAUAGACUGCCUGACUUAUUUGAGAUCCAUCCGAGAUGAGUCUCGUUCCUAUGAAGAGGAGUUCCCGGAGAGCAGGAGCAAGAGCAGGAGUAGAAGCAAGAACAAGAGUAGGAUGGGACGUGCAUCCAGUAGAUCGUUGUUUGGAACUAUACUUCACAAGAUUGGUCUGGGAGGAGAGGAUUAG